GCAUAUCUCAUAAUAAGUGUAUAGUUUCACUUUUCCUGCAUGGCUCGUCAAGAGUGACGAUCUUUUGAACAAUAGCGAGAACCCGCCGCCAAACCUUUAUAAGACGUAUUUGUGUUGCUUCGACAGUUUCCCCUUCGCAGCACUGAUUGUGUUUCCUCCAGCAGAUGGCAGAACAGGGCAGGACUGUGAGGGUGACGGGCCUGCCCACGGACAUUGAUGAUGACAGGCUAAAAGACAAGCUAUUCAUCCACUUCCUGAGAGCCUGCAAUGGAGGAGGGGAAAUAGACGAUGUCACCAUCGUCAAGGCAACACUUGUCUCUGCUCUAAUCACCUUCGAAGACAGCAGAGUGGCACAGAGAAUUAUUCAAGUCAGCCGGCACAUUCUGGAAGUGGACAAGAAGACGUAUGAACUCACUGCAACUGAGCAUCGUGAAAGCUUUGAUCCUGAUCAGGUCAUCUUAAGUUUAACGGCGACUGUUGAUUACAGUCAGCUUCCUGGGGGAGUCACAGCUUUAACAAACCUUCGCAAAAGCCACCCUGAUGUCCAGAUAAACUAUAUUGGUUCUGAGGAAUGCUGUACAGUGAGAGGCACUUUCUCCAAAGUACAUGCUGCUUUAGGACAACUGCUAGGGCAACCUGGAGGCCUAGAGUUGGUGGGAAACAGAGACUCCGCUCAGUCUGCCUCAAGUGGUUCAAAGUCUGUUCAGACAGCACGGCAUCCUCAGGAGACAGAAGAUCAGAGCAGGCAACAUAAUAAGCAAAGAGAACAAAGAGGAAAAAACCUCACUGACAAGCCAUCUGAUGAGUAUAAGUCAAGUUCAAAUAGAGACCUGACAUCUGGUAGUUAUGGCUGGGAAGGUAUUGGCCAGACAGAUGGUGCAGCUAUCCAGCUUCCUACAACAUCAGCGGAGGACUUGUCACUAAUUGUAGAUGCAGACAUGUUCCAGUAUCUGGUAAAACACUGCCGGAAGGAAUAUCAGCAUAUCCUUAGUCAGUAUGGUGUUGAGGUGGUGGACAUGACAAAUCAGGGUGUUACCACUCUGUUUUUUCAACUCUCUACUGCAUCGAGGGGAAGAGGUGAAGAACAGGAGUGCUUGAAGUUGGCAAAAAAGGCAAUCAGUAGGCUUUACCAGGAGAAUGAGGCUAAGACCCGUCGAUCCCAGCUUCCAAAGAUUAUCUUGUCCCCCAGUGGAGAGCUACAAAAGGCAAUACAGCAUCUUAGUGUCAGAUAUCCCAAGCUUCUUCUAAAUGAAGAUGACCAAAAUAUUUGCAUUAUCGGGAGCAGUAGUGACGUGUCAGACGCCAAGCAGUUUCUUCUGGACCAUGGUAAAGUGACAGAUAAAAAAGAGCGUGCAGCCAGUCCUAGAAUUCCAGUGCAUGAACCAAGCCAAUCAAUUUAUUUUGAUGAAGAGAGAGUCCCUUUCCCUCCAUCCUCCACUUUAGGGUCCUCAGAGGACAGAAUGUACCAGAUGGGGGCAGAGGAAGAUGAAAGGAGAGCUGAAGGAGUCAAAAAAUAUAAACUAGCUCCUCGGUUUAAGGACACAGGUCUGUCUAUUUUAGGCAGUCGACCAACUGACUUCACCUUGCGACCAAGUUCAUCUCCUAGUAGACAGCCCCGUUCUGGGCCAAUGUUAGGGCGUGAUGUGUUGUCAGACACAUCAGGGAUUACUGGUGAAGCAGUCUCCAGAUCCCAAAAUACAGGAGGAGACAUUUUGUUUAAGACCGAGAGAUAUUCCAUGCCUUCGUCUGCCUCUAUGCAGAAUAAAACCUCUCUAAGCCCAGAUUUAAUGGAUGCUCGACCAAAGAAUGUAGCAUCCCCCUUCAGCACUACUCAGGCCAGUUUGUCAGGAAGUACUUCACCUGCCGAGUUUGGAUCCUCCUUGAAGCGGGCCAGUAGUUUCUCAGGAAGGCCUCAGCAGAAGGCUCAAGUUACGGGUCAGAAGAGUCAAGAUGAUUCCAGCACAUCCACAGUCAGAUCCAGGGGCAGGUCUUCGAGUUUUAGCACACAAACAGGAAGGGACAAACAGGAAGUCUGCAGUGCAGAGCUUACAGUCUCCAGUUUGAUGUGGCAGUACAUAAAAGAAGCCUACAGCACCAGAGUGGAGGACUUGAUUUCUGAUGUCCAGAUGAAAGAGAGUCAGUCAGAAGGUACCAGGGAGAUGACUCUCACCUUAAGAGGUGCAAACCCAUCCGCAGUGAGUUCAUGUCAGAAAGGUUUACAGAGGCUGUUUGACUCAGUUAGUUCAGACUUCUCUGUGCAGCAGCUACGCUUGUCAGAGCUGGGUGUCACCGACAAAGCAGAUGAAACCUUACAGGCUUGUUGUUCUGAGGUACAGAGCCGCUUCAAGAAGGUUACUAUACAGAUAUGGAAGAAGACCUUAUUUCUUCUUGGUCCUCAACAGCUGUGCUCUCAGGUCGGUGCUACACUGCGGGAGGUAUUUUCUGGCAAUUUGGUCCAAACAACCGAACAGCACCACUUAUCUAGCCAAGCUACCUCCUUGUGGAAUUCACCAACGUCUUUACAAACAAACGAGGACCACAAAGCCAGUCUACACUUUAACAGAAAUUCCCAGGUGAUGCUAGAGGACCAAACAAGCAAAGCUGAUGGAAGUGGUUGGACUGAGGAAUGGAAAACAACAUACAGAAAAGACUUUGGUGAGAAAGAGAUUUUGAAUGGAUCUCUUAGCCAGUCGUUAGCAAGGAAAGACCAUGUCAUUAAGGACAAAGUAAAAACUAAAAGUACAGUUGAGAUGGAUGGUCAGACGCCCGAGCCAUAUGUCAACCACUCUACGACAGGAAUUGAUUUAAGCACCAAACAUUUGAACGGUGUCGCUCCAGUGACAACCUCGACCGAAAAAGAGAGAAGCAUCCAUGCCACCCAGAUAGACAGUGUAGGCCAAAAACAGGCAGAGUUCCAGAACACAUCAGAGGAAUCCAGCUCAGGUCAAGGAGGCCUGGGGUCCUUGUGUGUAUGUGGGGAGAAUGGGGCACCUAUGACCAGAACCAAGUGUGGGACUACCAUAUGCUCAAAGUGCCUGGACAAGGUUCAUGCCAACUGCAGAGUUUGUCAGGAGACGGAGCGCAAACCCUCGGGCAUCAAGGGCAGAAUGAGCAAAUCUAGACUACAGAUCAGCAUACCAGGUCACAGCAAGGACGGCUCUAUCAAGAUCACUUACUCCAUUCCUGAUGGUAUCCAGGGGGAGGGUCACCCAUCUCCCGGGAGUCCAUUUCAAGGGGGAAUAUUUGACGCCUUCCUUCCUGACUGCGAGAAGACGAGGAAGCUCCUGCCGAGGCUGGAGAAAGCUUUCAAGCAGGGACUCACCUUUACAGUGACAAGCAAAGACGCAAGGGCCAAGGUCGUCUGGGACUGCAUCCCACACAAGACCAGCAUCCAGGGAGGCAAAUCAGGGAACGGCUACCCAGAUUCCUCUUACUUGACGCGCUUGUCUCAAGUCUUGACCUCUCACGGGAUUGAGGAGUCACCAGCUAAGUCUGAACAAAAUACGUAGAAGAAGUUCUAAUGUUGUUGAAUAUGUAUUCUUCUCUGUGUUGGAGCCAUUUGCACUGUAUUUGUAUUUUGAUCGUGUCUCUUGUAGCCAAUUAGUGGUUUUCGAUUGCAUCUCCACACAGCACAGUAACUGAAAUCUAGUUAGUUACGGAUGACAUUGUACUGUAGAUAUUCAGAAUUUUUAAAAACUUUUUUUAUUUUCUUAUGAGAAAGGUGACGAAAGGGACCACAUAGCAUUGCUGAAUAUAUAUAUUUUUUACUUACAGUUAAAGCUUAUUUGAUAAAAUAUUCACUUUAUUUUGUACACUGUGUUCAGUACUGUAAUGAUUUACAUUUUAUACUGUCCGUCCUAUGUGAUUGUAAUCUAAAUCAAUAAACUCUUUGCUUUCUGCUCACUUUAGAAUGGGCACAGAAAUAAAUUAAAAAAAAAAACACAGUUCUUGUCUUUUUUGUUAUGCUUUUUUUUAUUAGUCCUGGAAAACAUGUAAGGCAUAUGGUAACAUUACACACUGAAGCGUUACAAGCUCUAAAGACCAUGUGGAAAACAUGGCACCACGCAGUAAACCCAGAGUCAAGCACAAAAGCAGCAUCAAUUCAAAGGGUUUAAAAAACAAAGUCGAGACGAGAAGUGUGUUUGCGAACAGAGAAAAAAAAAAAAAAAAGUGCGACACGAG